AUGUACCCAAGAUCUUACAGUCGCGAACAGUAUAAUUCGUACUUAUAUUCACCCCAGAAUAUUCCUGGAGUUUUUCAUUAUCCUAGUGGCUAUCCACAGCCAAGAGCCAUUGACUACAGUAUAGCUCUUCCUACAGAACCUCGGCCGUUAGAGCCAAUAUAUCCUGCGCCUCCUCGUCUGACGCACAUCUCUGAGCAACGGAAUGAUUAUUAUUACGCGACGCCGGUGGAAGAGCGGCCUUCAUGUAUGCUUCAAGAAUCCUGGAGACCAGGUUUGAGCCGCACGACAAACGAACACGAAGAGUAUAGCGAGGAAAAUGACGGCGAUUCACUUGAAGAUGGUGUAGAAGGUAAAAAAUCGCAAAGAUUAAGCGUGACUUGACUCAAAUUUAGAGGUAGUAAAUUCCAUGAUUUGGUUGCAACGGCCAAAGUGACAACAUUAUUUUCCAAUCUUGUUCAACAACGUUCAAGUGGGUACAUUAUGUCAUUCGUUUGGUUUUUAUAAACAAAAUUAAGGAACCAUUGCUAGCUUUUGUAUAAAGAGGUAAAGGAAAAAUUUUGUCCAGUUUUCUUAUAGACAAACAAAUACAGCCUUGCAUUUUCGUAAGUGAGAAUAAACUCUUAAAGUAUUUAAUUGUUUGUAAAUCAAAUAAGACAAAGGGCAUGCAAACAAAAUCGCCUCUCCUUAUACCCAAAUGUAAGCAUUUUACUUGGUCUACAAUUCUUGUGAUCUACUGUUUCGUUGAUUGUUCUCCAGAACAUUUAUACCAAGGCAGAAUUAAGCCGUUUAUCUCCUUAGUUUUAAAUAUGUCUUCCAAGAAACAUUCAUGUUCAUAACGUAGGCUAAGGGAAAUAUUCCAUUAGAGCUGAAAGGGCUGUUUAGAAAGACUGCAUGUCUGGCCUUAAAAAAGGUAAAAUUGUGCUUACAAUAAGGGCCUAAGCAUUAGCAACGCAUGGAUGUAGCAGUGUUAACAUAGAUUUAUUUUAAGACGCUCAUAAACUAUGAUAAACAUGAAUUACUCUUUAGUCUUUACUGGUAUCAUAUAAAAGCUUAUUUUUCUCCGCAAGAGCAUGACAGGCCGAAUUAUCUCCAUAAAUUAAUGAACAGAAUGCCCAGCAAACAUUCGAAAUUCCCGAUUAUGUUUGUUAGGAUAUAAUCUAGUUGACAAACCGGCUAGAUCCAGUAAACUUAGAAGCUUGCAAACCGGUGAAAAGCGCAAACAUUGAUAGAAAUACCAGAAGAAAAAGGAAAAUGAUGACGGCAAUCUCAGUGAAAGAAAAAGCCGACUUUGAUAAGCGGAAAUUGGAAAUAAAGAAAAUUGAAGAAACAAUUGUGCACGUGCGCCUAUUUCUUGUCCACUUGGAUUUUCAAAACAGCUUACAUUAUAAUCUCUUGACAAAGAUAAAAUUGUAACAAUAAAUAGAAAAGCCAAGCUCUGUCGAAGUUGAUUAAAACUAUAAGAAUGAUUCAGUUAACUGCCGUCUAAUCGUCAAGUUGAUAACAUUUUACUCUCCACUAGCUCUAAACGUGUCCUGUUUUGUGGUUUUAUCUCAAUCAAGGGUUGCCUUUACCCUUCUCAUAGCGAAGUUACCAUUAGCCACGUCGAGGUUAGUGAAAUGUUGAUACAUUCUCGAAGAUAUAGGUUCAAGAGGCUUGACGACUGAAUGACGAAUUGUUGUAGAUCUUCAGUUUGUAAAAGAACAAGCCAAUUAUGAUAGAUCACGGCACCUGAGCAGUGCUUACUUUUGUAACAGUCACGUCUGCUUUGAAGGACUGGGUGACUUUCGGAACUGUUAAUGGAGUUGUAAAUAACUCAAAGCUGCACAUCCAUACAGUGUACUCCACCAUUAUGCUGCAUGAGUUCGGCCUUUAUACGAAUGUAUUCUAUCUUUUAGUACUUGUGAAGUCGUUGUCUCUCAUUAUCUACUGGUCCUAUCUGGGCUUGGAAAGAUGGUUUAAACUUUUUAAUUCUGUGGAAUAACCUUCUUUCCUGUUGCGCUUUUUCUUUUUUCAACAUUUAAUAUGCAUGAUAUGUUUUUUUCUGAACGGUAAAAACCCUAAUCCUGAGACCAAUUCGUUUUUUCAUAGAUGUAGAAUUCCUCCCUGCAGAAAUAGUGAUGUGAUCACUUGGGAAAGUAUUCUUCAGCUGAGCCAUAGAUAGAGAUUGCCCUUCAAAACGACAACAUAAAAAGUAAAAAUUUUUUUCUUGGUAAAAGCGGCGUGAUGUUGCCACUAACCUACACACCUCUGAACAUGGGACUUCAUAGUAAGUUUGUAUACUAAUUGAAGUCAUGAAUUCUUCCCAAGGGUCAACCUUACAAUCCAAUCAUCAUCUUAUUAAAAUAACACUAAAUUCUAACACACAGAACAUUGUAUAACGACACUUAGAAAAGGAAAAACAAGUAAGAGAAGAGGGCAAAAAUGACAUUUUCUCCAGUUUGUGGUACAUUCGUGAGGAUUUUAAAACAUCGCCAUGCACAGGGAAACAUGGAAAGAGUAAAAAGAAUCACAAGUGCUACUAGCAUCAUAACAACUUGUGGCUUUUGGUAAACAGAGCAAUAAUUAAAAACGAUAACUAAUUAAUCAUAUCGCUUCUUUCUUCUUCAAAUACCAAGGUUGUUAUUAAUAAGCCUCAUUAGCCGACUGAAUGAAAUUUCCCAGGAUCGAAUGUUUGGCUUCUGUUUUGCGUAUAUCAAGACCUUGUUUCCACCUACAAUGGUGCGGUUGGUAUAACUAAGUGAGGUUUCUUAAGUACCUAGCUAUGCCAAAUCUGUGACAGAUCUUUAGCAGCAAAUGUAAGUUCACUGUUUACACGGUGUGCUUUUUAAACAACCCUACAUAUAGAAUUUUUCUAUCUGGGAUGUUCAACCACCUGGGCCCGUGAUAGCCAAGAAAUGAAUGUUCAGUAUUACUUUAAAGCUAAGUACAUUUUCAUCACCUUUAUAAGCCUGAUGUACAACCGUUUUUAAUAUAAGUAAUUCGUACCGAGAAGUAGAACUCGGGAAGGGACUAGCACUUUUAAAAACUUAGUCUCUUCAAACGAGCACCGUGUUCUGAAGUCAAUCAGACUGCCAUUUCGGCUCAUUCCCCCAGUAUAAGCAAUCAUACUGUCCGCCAUACUGCAUACAAUAAACUUCGAUGACACACGACUAAACCACAAAAAAGCAUGUCUAGAUUCGCUUUUUGAACUUGGUUAAUGAGCCUGGGCAAUCGACAUUGAUCGGCCACAGGAAUGUUGAUUUUAGCGGAGUCCUUUAGCGGCGGUUAGCACACUAAGCUUCAAAAGACACCGAAAUUCACUUGGGAGGAACAACGGACCACAUGACCGCUCCCAAUUAGAGACAAUCGCUUAUCAUUUCUCUUCCAUUGAAGGGCACUUUUAGAAAUAUUUUCCAUUUAAGGGAGAGAAUUGAAUAAAAAAUGUUCACCAAGUUUAUAUUUAUUCUUCUCUUACCUCAAAAGCUGUUUAAUACUAUUGAUGGUAAAAGCAAACGUGAAAUAAAUUGGCAGUGGUAGAUAAGAAGCUAUCAAAACUUAUCUCUGAUACUCAGUCUUAGUAGGCCAUGAUACAGCUCUGAAAGCCUUUAACUGUACACAAAACUAGUGCGGCAGGCUGUUUCACCCUUUGCAGACCUGAAAGUUUCGACCUUUCUUUGUUUUACAGAAUUACUGAAAACUAAGUACAUUGUUCUGAAUAAAUAUGAUAAAACGAAACCAUAAAUUGCCCGGCGGCGAUAUGAAGAUUCAUGUUUUUGUCUCAGUUUUGCAUCAGUGGGAAGACAAACGUAUCGUUCUCAAUAGAUUUAAACGGCAGAUGUGUGCAUUUUGUCGAACGAUAUAAAUUUGUAGCUUAGUUAUUUAAUUUGUGGCUCUGUUAACUUUUUUAUUUUUAAUUAUGAUAGUCUUGCUUGACUAAUGAGGAUCUACUUGUUCUGCCAUAGGCGACGCAAUUUCCUUGGAGAUGACCUACGGACGACGCAAUUAACUAUUUUGUCAACCAAAACGUUAGAACACUUAAAGAAUUCGAGAAAAAGUGUCAUCAGAUAAACGAAAAGUUAUCAUUCAAAAGUGAUUUUCAUACAGGCAAACCCUCUAGGACCUCUUCGGCUUCAAGUAUAAGGAACUCAGCGUAUAAAUCUGCAUGCGUAUGAACAGUGAACAACUUGAAUAAUACCACUGAAAUGACCUACAACGUACCGUACAAAGUUCUUAAAUAGCAUACAUUUGACUUGAGAAUUAUUUAUACAACCUCAAAACUGUUAGUAUAUGUGGUCAAAACACUUUUACACACACUUAAAAAGAGGAAACGGCUCAGUUAGUAGGUCAACAAACCUCACUGGUUUGACAACAACGUUUUACUAUCCUACCUCAAAUGAUCAGCUCUAUAAGACGUAAGACGCUUUCAUUUAACGGCGUCACGUUCGGUAGAUUUUUCUCUCGGUCGGUCGGUCUGUCUUUGUCACCCAGAGACCUCGGAGUUAUGGCAUUCUCAAAUUGUGGCUGAAUCAUGCCCCUUCGAUGAAUUGCUUCAUGCGAACUCAAAGCGGCGCUCAUCUUCGCUGCGUGAAGAAGACUUAAAUGUGAUGCGGCGCUUGCAUGCCUACAGAGUCUGUGUUUUGAGUUAAACGUCCUCAAAACAUAAAUAUAGACUGGAAUGGCCAUUAAAAACCCACAGCAGAGAUCUUCUCUGCAAAUUACUUUAACAUCUGAGAUAAUAUCUUCUUAGGAAAUGAGCAAAAUUUCGUUUUUUUUGGACGCCCCGGCGAGACUUUUGCAGCGUAACACCGAUUUAAAUGCCCUUUCGUUUCCAAAGCGGCCAAGAUCAGAGAGAGGAAACAUCAUUAAUCAUUUGAUAAUUUUCCAAAUACAAAAAAAGACUGCGCGAAAUUGGAUAACAGCUAUCAUUUGGACGUUCACCGCCUAGAAAAUCAAAGCCCAGAACGGAACGCUUGAGCGACUUAUUCAGUUUUUGAUGUUUUGUUUUGUUUAACAUGCAGAUUCUCCGUCAUCUGAGGAGAAAACAUCAGGCACAAAAAGCAAGAGGAGGAAAGAAAGGACUGCUUUCACAAAACACCAACUACAAGAACUUGAGAACGAAUUUCUUCGCAACAAUUAUCUUACAAGGCUGCGGCGAUACGAGAUUGCGGUGAGCUUAGACUUGACGGAGAGACAGAUCAAGGUGUGGUUUCAAAACCGGCGGAUGAAGUGGAAACGAAUUAAAGGAAAAUCACCACAGAAAAAGAGUAGUUACUCCAUUGAUCUGACUGAGAAAGAAACGAACAGAGCGGAAGGGGUUCUGCGGGAAUAG